AGCCUGACCGUGUGCCGGCUCUGUGAGUGGCUCCCUGCGUGACUGGGGGGGGGCUGUGUCGACAGGGAAGUGGGAAGGUGCAGCUGGAAUGCUGCCUUAGAGCGAGGGAACCCUGCCUCCGCGGCUGCCGCUGUCUCACUCAGCCAGCAGAGCCGCCACUGAACGCCAGAUCGGGGGAAUGCUAGCGGAGGAGAGGCGCCGUGACUGCACGCAGAGCCACGCGCACAGACCAUGUGGAUGAGAAGGGACAGGCUGCUGGUGACCGUCACCCUGGCCGCUGUCUUCGGCGCCGACAUCUACUUUGUGCUGCUGCCCAAGCUGCGGGAGAAGUACUUUGGGGAUGACUGCGCCUGCUCCGGGGCCGGGAGCGGCAAUGCCAGCCAAGGUGACGGCGGAGCGCCUCCCCGGCUGUCCAACUCUUCCGCACCCAGCGGGGACAUUGAGGCGGGACAGAGGGUUACGCCGGUUCCCACUGGACAGGAUGCUGGAGGGAAGAAAUGGGGAUCCAAGCUGGAGCGGCUUUUCGCCCACCCCCUCUACAACAUCCGUAGCCCUGCCCUGGGGGAUGAGGAAGUCCUGCUGCAGCCCGAAGAGCUGAUGAACUACUACAAGAGAAAAGUAUCCCGCUGGGAGAGACAUCAGAAAUACUAUAAUGAAGUGGCAGCAGCCACCAACAUCUCUCUGCCUGAUCGUGAGGCAGUGUUUGACUCAGAGGCCAGCUGGCUCAAGUUCCACCUGGGGAUCAACAGAUAUGCCCUGUACUCCCAGGAUGACCCUAACAUUGAGCAUCUGCUCCAGGACCUGCGCAGUACUACAGUCAUCAACGCAGAUUAUACCCAAGAUGAGAAAGCGCUCAAAGGAGUGUGUGACUGCUCUCAAGUGGUGAAACCCAGUGGACACCACCUGAAGCUGGCUCUGAAGCUGAAGGACUUUGGCAAAGCCAUGUUCAAACCCAUGAGACAGGAGAGAGACCAGGAGACACCAGAAGACUUCUUUUAUUUUGUUGACUUCCAAAGACACAAUGCUGAAAUAGCUGCUUUCCACCUGGACAGAAUAUUAGACUUCCGCCGAGUGCCGCCUGUAGCAGGAAGACUUAUUAAUGUCACAGACGAAAUUCUGCUAGCCACACAAAACGAAGAGCUGAGGAGCGUCUUCUUCACCUCCCCAGCGAACAACACGUGUUUCUUUGCCAAGUGUCUGUACGUGUGUAAGACAGAAUACGCAGUGUGUGGCAAUCCAGACAUGCUGGAGGGCUCCAUGUCUGCUUACUUGCCCGGUCUGAGCAUCGCCCCUCGCAUUUCCAUCCCCAGCCCCUGGAUCCGCUCCUACACCUUCACCGGGAGAGAAGAAUGGGAAGUAAAUCCAUUCUACUGUGAUACUGUUAAGCAACUUUAUCCCUACAACUCUGGGAACAGGUUGCUCAAUAUCAUCGAUAUGACCAUAUUUGACUUCCUCAUAGGAAAUAUGGACCGGCACCACUAUGAAAUCUUCACCAAAUUUGGAGAUGAUGGCUUUCCUCUUCACUUUGACAAUGCCAGGGGAUUUGGAAAACAUUCCCAUGAUGAGAUGUCAAUCCUUGCCCCACUGGCUCAAUGCUGUAUAAUCAAGAGGUCAACCCUGCUGCGCCUUAAGCUGCUGUCUCAGGGGGAGUACAGGUUGAGCGACGUGAUGCGGGAGUCGCUGGGCCAUGACAUGUUGAGGCCCGUUCUGACGGAGCCCCACCUGCUGGCCCUGGACCGCCGCCUGCAGCGCGUCCUCCGGGUCGUGCACAAGUGCGCAAGGAAGCUGGGAGAGGCUCAGGUGGUGGCUGUGGACUUUGUGGAAUCUCACAGAACAACGGCCAGGCCCAGCGGCAGCAGGUAGCAUGAGUUGCCAAC